AUGGCGGAAGGUCAGUACUCGUUCAGCCUGACGACCUUUUCGCCGAGCGGCAAACUCGUGCAAAUUGAAUACGCCCUCAACCGCGUGCAGCAGGGCGCCCCCGCGCUCGGCAUCAAAGCCCGCAACGGAGUCGUUCUCGCCGCAGAAAAAAAACUGCCAACUCCUUUGAUUGACUCCGACACAAUUCGCAAAGUCGCGGCUUUCACGCCCGCAGUCGGCUGCGUCUUCGCCGGCAUGCCCGCAGACUUCCGCGUCGUCCUCAAGAAGGGCCGCAAGGAGGUGAGCAAACCGCAGCAGCAGCAGCAGCAGCAGCAGCAGCAGCAGCAGCAGCAGCAGCUGAAGUGCAGACGCUUUUGCGGCUCCGGGGACCAGACCAAUGCAAAUGAACUGCUGCUGCUGCUGCUGCUGCAGGCUGCUGCCUACGAACUGUACUACAAAACGCCCAUGCCGACGCAGCAGCUGGUCCAGAGCGUCGCCUCCGUCAUGCAGGAGUACACCCAAAGCGGCGGAGUCCGCCCCUUCGGCAUUUCCCUCCUCGUCGCUGGCUACGACGACUUCGGGCCGCAGCUGUACCAGGUGGACCCCAGCGGGGCUUACUUUGGGUGGAAGGCGUCGGCGAUUGGGCGGGACAUGCAGAACGCGAAGACCUUUUUGGAAAAGCGGUACAGCGAAGACAUUGAGCUGGAGGACGCGAUCCACACUGCGAUUCUGACUUUGCGGGAAGGCUUUGAAGGCGCUUUGAACGAAAAGUCGAUCGAAAUCGGAAUUAUCGGCCAAGACCGAAAAUUCCGAAUUCUCGAACCCGCAGAAGUGAAGGACUACCUCGCUGAAGUCGAAGUCGGCACUGCCUGA